GCGGCUCUGGCAAGUAGUAGAUGUGAAAUUUGAAUCGCUCUACUGUGGCUGCUGCAUCUCCGCUGAUGGCGACUGCGGCUUUGUGCGGUUCCGGUCAGAGCCCAGAGGGGCUCCUUGGAGACCUGUCUCCGCAGGAAGAUGAGGACUGUGAUCCUGAAGAUGGGGCGAGCGACUCGGGUUCCUAUUCGUCCGCCAGUAGCGAUUACGAUGACCUUGAGCCCGAGUGGCUGGACAGCGUGCAGAAGAAUGGGGAGCUGUUUUACUUGGAACUGAGCGAGGGCGAGGAGGAAAGCCUCCUUCCUGAGCCGCCUGUGGUGAACCAUGUCCGGUUCAGUGAAAACGAGAUCAUCAUUGAAGAGGAUGAUUACAGAGAAGGAAGAAAGUAUGAGCCCAGACUCAAGCGGUUCACCAAAAUUUUAAAAAGUAAAAGACUUUUGCCCAAGCGCAACAAUAAGAAAAACAGCAAAGACAGCGGGCCGGUCUCCAUUCUGAAGCAUCAGCCCCACCAGAAGACGGGGGUCCUUGUCCAACAGAGGUACAAGGACGUGAAUGUGUGUGUGAACCCCAAAAAGCUAACGAUCACCAAAGCCAAAGAGCAGCUCAAGCUGCUGGAAGUGCUGGUUGGGGUCAUCCAUCAGACCAAGUGGAGCUGGAGACGAGCUGGAAAGCAGCAGGCGGGCGGGGAGAGGCUGGUGGUCCACGGGCUGCUGCCGGGAGGGCCGGCCAUGAAGAGCGGGCAGGUGUUCAUCGGCGAUGUCCUUGUUGCUGUGAACGAUGUCGACGUGACUUCUGAGAACAUAGAGAGGGUUCUGUCUUGCAUUCCUGGACCUAUGCAGGUGAAACUGACGUUUGAAAAUGCAUACGCUGUGAAGAAGGAAACGACGCAGCCAGUACAGAAAAAGGCCCAGCCCAACACAGAACGGGAUUUAGUCAAGCUUCUCUGGGGAGAGGAGGUCGAAGGCGCCGAGCAGGGUGCGCUCCACACGCCACACGUCGUCCUGUAUCUCACCCUGGAGCUGGACUCCGAGGCUUCGAAGGAGGAGCAGGAAAUUCUUUACCAUUACCCGGUAUCCGACGCAUCUCAGAAACUGAAAAGUGUGAGAGGGAUAUUUCUUACACUGUGUGACAUGCUGGAAAGUGUAACUGGAACACCAGUUACUAGCUCAUCCCUUCUUUUAAACGGGAAACAAAUUAAUGUGGCUUAUUGGAAAGAAGCUGACAAGUUGUUGUUAAUUGGCCUGCCUGCUGAAGAAGUUCCUCUUCCUCAGCUAAGGAAUAUGAUAGAAGAUGCUGCCCAAACCUUAAAAUUUAUGUAUGGUUCUUUAGAUAGUGCCUUCGGCCAGGUUGAGAACGUCCCUCGAGUGGACCACUUUUUCGAACUGUUCUUUCAAAGAGCACUGCUGCCUGCCAGGCCACACGGCAGGGCCAGUCCCGAGGCGCAGCAGUACGAGGCCUCCAGUGCAGUUCUGUUGGAUGGUCUGCCCGGAGUGCGGUGGCUCCCACUUCCGCAGGAAAUCAAGGUGGAAUUAGACACAGCAUUGAGUGACUUGGAAGCUGCAGAUUUUGCAGAACUGUCUGAGGAUUACCACGACAUGAGGCGGCUGUAUACAAUUUUAGGGUCUUCUCUGUUUUACAAGGGCUAUUUGAUAUGCAGCCAUUUACCUAAGGAUGAUCUUAUUGAUGUUGCUGUAUACUGUCGCCACUACGGCCUACUGCCAUUAGCAGCAAAACAAAGGAUCGGUCAGCUGGUGAUAUGGAGAGAAGUGUUUCCUCGAUGUCACCGCCAACCCUCCACAGACUCAGACCCUGAAGCCUUCCAGGAGCCUGAAGGGAGACAUUUUUUGCUAAUUGUUGGCUGGAGGCAUUUUGUGUUGUGUGUACUGUUAGAAGCUGGAGGCUGUGCCUCCAAAGCUGUUGGGAAUCCUGGACCAGAUUGCAUAUACGUGGAUCAGGUCAAGACAACUCUUCACCAGCUGCAGGGAGUGGACUGCCGCAUAAAUGAACAGCUGGAAUCUUCUCCAAGCCCCUGCUUGUCUUGUGCUGACUGGUUCCUUGCUGGGUCCCAUGAAAAAUUAGAUGGUUUGACAGCCUCACCGAUCCUCAGUAAGCUACAAGGUACUUCCAAAGUAGCAACCUCUCCCACGUGCAGAAGAACUCUUUUUGGUGACUGUUCCCUGAAGACGCGGAAGCCCAGUCCUUCCCGAAACAGUGGAGGAUCUGACAACGGUUGCGAAGGUGGAGAAGCCGGUGGCCUGAGCCCCCACACGACACCAGAUGCAGAGCGGAAGCAAAGAGAAGCUGAUGGCUCAGAAGAAAGUGGGGCCUUGCUUAAGGUCAUUAAAAAGAAGUCUGCUCUUCUAAAUCCGUUUCAUUUGGGGAACUUGAAAAAGGACCUUUCAGAAAAAGAAUUGGAAAUAUAUAACACAAUGAAGUUGACAUCUGGUCCAGAGAACACACUUUUCCACUACGUUGCCUUAGAAACAGUGCAAGGGAUCUUUAUUACUCCUACCCACGAAGACGUGGCCUGGCUGGGCGGCUCUGUCCACCCCGAGCUAAUAAAGAAUUUCCAUCAGUGCUGUCUCUCCAUUCGUGCAGUUUUCCAGCAGACCUUGAUGCAAGAGAAAAAGAAAGCACCAAAUGUUGCAGAUGGUUCAGAUUCCACGGACUCGGUCUCUGCUCUGAACCCUGUGAAGGAGCACGGGGUGCUGUUCGAGUGCUCACCUGAACACUGGACGGACCAGAAGAAAGCGCCCCCGGUCGUGGCGUACUGGGUGGUCGGGAGACUCUUUCUUCACCCCAAAGUUCAAGAACUUUAUAUCUGUUUUCAUGACUCGGUCACAGAAGUUGCCAUUGAGAUGGCCUUUAAGUUGUUCUUCGGGUUGACCUUGUAACUGUUUUCUUGCUGCACAGCGAUGCUGCGUGGAGCCCCGGGCAGCCUCAGGAUUGCAGAGAUCCACACACAACGAUAAGGGUUAGCUUCUUUUCACUGUUCACUAUUGAACAUGACAUCGCUAAAUAUCAAGAGCAUUUCCCAUUGGAUUUUAUGCACUCGAUCUUGUGUGGUAUUGUGAGACUUUUGAAAAAAGAUUCAUGAUCAAAGUAUGAAGAAGGAAUUGUUCAUUUAUUUCCAUUUUGGUAUAUAACAUUAAUUUAUUGACUACUUUGAAAUAAUAUUGUGUUUUAUAUAAAAUUAAUAUAGGAAAUACUUGUCUUGGAAAAGUACUCAAUUCAUUGUGUAUUUAUCUUAAGACUCAUAUUGAAUUAUGAAGUCGGGGAGCGUGACUGGGCCCUGAAACUGCAUAGUGCCAUGACUGUGAGCAAGUCUUUGUACCUCUCUGAGCUCAGGGCAUUGUGGGAUCCAGGGUGGGAAGGCACUUUGUUUAAAAGUAUUUAUUAAAUGUCUUAAAUUCCUUGAUAUUUCCCCCCCCAAAUGCCACGACCUAAUUUAAUAUUGAGAAUUAUUAAUAAAUGCAGCUACUGAUCACCUGAGAUUUUCAAACAGACUGAAAGCUAUCAUAAAGGACUUUUUUUGUGUGUGCUUCAUUUAAUGAAAUUUUAAUCUGUUGAAUAGCUUUUCUGGUGUCACAGAAUCAUAUUGGCCCCUGCUAAAUAACUGAAAUAAAAAGACAGAGUAAACUACUGGUGUUAAGUAGGGGAAGUCAUUUGUUGGACUAUAGAUGUAUAAUGUCCGUGCUGUAGAGACUGCAGUUUUUUAAAAUGAAACCAAACAUCAUCUUGGUUUUAAGUAAACAUUUCAAGUAAACUUAGCAGACUAUUUCCCAAAUAUGGUCAUAGCCACAUCCGAAAGUAGAUCAGUCUGGUUACUGGGUAAUAAAUGCCUGUCUACCACCACCUUAUUCAAAAAGUGGACAAAGCGACGGUGCCUGUACCACAGAAGUGUAUACUCUUUAGCAGGUACAGAAACAUUCUGAAGUUGGAUUUUGUUAGCAUCCUGCAAAUGGUCCCUUUCACCAAGAUUAUUAAUGCAAAAGAUUAUAUAACAACCAUUUUUUAAAAUAUCAAGUACUGUCUUAUUACCAUGUUAUGUAAUAUGCUGUAUAUAUUGUAUUUUUUGCCAUAUGAACAACUGUUGUUCAUAUGGCAAAACAUACAAUAAUCAACAAGUAAUAAUAGAAGAAUAAGCUGUGUUUUGUUACUCACAACUGUAAACCUGCUUUUGCCCCUCUCCCUGUAUUUUUAGUCCUCCAAAAUUCCCUUUUAGAGUCUCCUUCUUUUCCUCCCUCCUUCCCCUUUAACUGUCACUGGUCCAUUUUUGUGGGGUUAGAGAACUGUACUUAGCAAGGGAGAGUUGUUUAUUUGUGCCAAGGGACUGUUAAUGAUGAUGCAUACAGGUGAGAUAGUACAUUUCCAGUGCCUGCUUUUUUAUAUUUCUAAUACAAAUGGGAAAUGCCUAUGAAAUCAAUUUAGUAGGUUUGUCUGUUUUGAGCAUUCUUGAAAAUAUUAUGAAUAAUUGUUUGUUGUGUGUGUGAGUUCCCUCUAAACAGUGCCUGGCACAUGUUAUGUGCUAGAAAAGUGUUAGCUGCUGCUACCAGUAUCACCCAAUACCCACUGGUUGAAAACCAGUGUUUUCAGCUAAAUCAUCCCAGCUACUGUACACAAGAUGUUGGAAAGAAGCUGAGGAAAAAUAUUCAGCAUUAAACACUUUGAAAAACGAGGAUUUAUACUUUGGUAAUUUUUAAAAAUACUCUUAAAUGUUAUUAAAACUUUAUACACUAAACUGUGUGAAGGAAUUUAAUUUGUAUAGCUAUAUUUCU